CCUCAGACGUUUCUUGGAGAUAACGCUGAAAUUUGGCACUAAAUAUGGGUUAAAAAACUGUUCAGUGUUCAUUAUUGCCGUUCCAUUGACUUAAUUCAGAUGAAUUUCUGAUGUUUUCUAAGCUAUUUAGUCAUUCCAGGUUCAACACACACACAGUAAACGAAUAUAUUUCCAAGAAUAAAUGACUAAUAAUUAAAUAUUUGGAUUUAAAUGGAACAGCUCUUUCAAGAUAAUCCCUCUGGAAGUCAGCAUCUGCUUAUUCGACUUGGCCUAAAUCCCAAAUUUAACAACAUUUCCUGAGAGAUGAGCAUCUCCAAAUGUUAUGACAUAAAACUGAAAACCUGUGCAUGGCUAGAUACGAUUUGGGAUAAGUGAGACUGCUUUUGUGCUUUGGCCGAAAUGACCCUUUAAGGUGUCAUCUGCUCAGGCCACAGCCACGUGCCAAUAUUGUUGUUAAAUGGGGAAUCUACAUAACGCAUGACCUGUUGCCAAAUGUGAUAAAUCAUCCUGAAAUCACAUUCUUACAGUCUGGCCAUGAAAAGAAUGUGAUUAAUAUUGUAAUUACAAAAAGCAGGCAUUUCUCCAAUCACCUGACUCUGGAGAUGUCAACCCUGUGCACCGGCGCAUAGAUUUGUCCUGGAGUUGUCGAGGGGCGUUAACGACGCUGCCGUGUAGGCUGUGACUGAACAAGCAGCAGUAAUCAUAUCAAACCCUCAGCUCAUUCAUCUCCUCCUCCAUUAGUGAAAAUCCUGGCGUUUUAGGCAUUUUUUCCCGUUGAGUACUGGAGAAUUAUUGUAUUGAGUGACUUAUAUUCUCGAGGCAGCCGGCUGUCACAUAACAAAAUGAGACAGACGUUUAUAAUUCUGCCCCCAGACAGGAAGUGCAAUUCGCCACACUUUGAAUAUGAAGUGCUUCUUAUGACUCAGGCAGCGGAUAAUCACCCUAAUAGAACCAGACAUAUCAUCUUGUCGAAGAGUAAAAAAAUAACACAGAAUUUGCAUGUCAAUAUUAGAUAGAUUUUCAAAAUGUUACGCGAGGUAUGAUUGGACAGAAACUGUGGCUGUGGAAUCAUUUAGUCCCAGUGAUUUCAAUUUCAAAAACUAAAUCACUUGUGUUUAUAUUUAAAGGAAUUACAGGUACGGCAGAAAGUACUCCGCGAGCUUUGUCAACCAGUCACGUGGUGUUUUCAUGCUUAUCUUUUGUCGUCUCCAAAUUCAACCCCGGUAAUUUUAAACUGUAUAGUCUUAACUGCGUGCGCAACAUCUACCUGGGUGGGCGACGCACCUGCGUGCCUCAGCAGGCUACGCAAUUAAUUAAGGCAUUUGCAAAGCAUGCGCGGCACGGAGCUGCAUCUGGAGUCUCUUCCUCUUGGCUGUGCAGGUCAUGACGUUACGCGCAAAGUCCCAGAGGCGCUGCCGGCAGGAUAUCCGCGGUGCUUUGGCUGCUGCUUGCUGAGAAGACGGGAGAUAAAGUCUGACUGCAGUGGGUGCUGUUGGUUGGAGAUCCCGCCGACUGAACUUGUGAGGAGAGGAGAAGAGAGAAGGGGUGGCGGGGGGAGCUGUGCGCUCUCCUCCCAGCAGAGUGCGUCCCGCUUCACACACAUACACAAACACACACACACACACACAUCGGGGUCACUCUGCUUCAAGGCGGUGGGCUGUUUUCACCCCCGCACCUCCCGAAUAUCAGCAUAUGAACAGUCUGCAGGACGCCAGAAGACCUGUGUACCUGUGCACCUUGAGCGUGCGUCAGACAAACUCGUCUAAUUGUUUCCUCCGCGGUUUCCUACCCGGCGCUUUUGGAAUACGGAGAAUAACAAGCAGCGUGGGCGCGUAACUCCCGAAAUAAUGGAUUUAUGGAUAAAGUUGAUGUUGUUGUACAGCUGCUGCUUUGGAGCGAGUGCAGACUUUGACGGCAGGUGGCCGCGGCAGAUGGCCUCGUCCAACGGCCUGUGUCGAUACGGAGCCAGGGUGGACUGCUGCUGGGGAUGGACGCGCCGCUCCUGGGGUCACUGCCAGCCUCUCUUCGCCUUAACUCACAGAGUAGCCGGGAUAAGGUGCCAGCCCCAAGCUCUGUGUCAGCCCGGCUGUAAGCACGGAGACUGCGUGGGACCCAAUAAAUGCAAGUGCCAUCCCGGCUUCACUGGCAAGACCUGCAAUCAAGAAGAAGAGCUGGACUAUUUAACCCCACCAGUGUGGGCCAGCCACCUUCCUAUCUUUCUUCCUGUGGACCAUCAGCCAGCGAGAGAGGUGAUGGAGGACCUGAAUGAGUGUGGGCUGAAGCCGAGGCCUUGUAAACACAGGUGCAUGAACACUUAUGGGAGUUACAAGUGCUACUGCCUCAACGGCUACAUGCUGAUGCCUGACGGGACCUGUGGAAACGCUCGCACUUGUGGCAUGGCCAACUGCCAGUACGGCUGCGAGGUGCUGAAAGGAGAGGUCCGAUGUCAGUGUCCGUCGCCGGGGCUGCAGCUGGCUCCGGAUGGAAGAACAUGUGUGGAUGUGGAUGAGUGUGCAGCAGGAAUAGCAGUGUGUCCCAGGUUCAGGAAAUGCAUCAACACCUUUGGUAGCUACAUCUGCAAGUGCCACGAAGGCUUUGACCUACAAUACAUCAACGGGAAAUACCAGUGCAUAGAUGUGGAUGAGUGCUCUUUAGGUCAGAGCCACUGCAGCAGCUUCGCCACCUGCUACAACACGCCGGGCUCGUACAAGUGCAAAUGCAAAGACGGCUACAGGGGGAUGGGCCACGACUGCAAGCCCAUUCCUAAGGUGGUUAUUGACCCCCCGAGACCAGGCAAACUACCUUCAAAUCACCACAACCACAUCCCUGACAUGGACCAGAAGAGGAUGACCACCACAAUCCUUCCACCAGUGACUCAAAGGAGAAUCUACCCCAUUAUUCCCAAAUCAACAACCGCCACCAUGACUACGACACGCAGGACAACCAAAGCCCCUCUGCCCCCGAGGAGGGUCACUCCUCCUCCACACAAGCCAGCUGUUCCUACCUGGAAGCCAUUUGUCCCAACCAGGAAGCCACCAGUACCCACACGCAAGCCCUACGUCCCACCAAGACCAGUGAAUCCCACCAGACUCCCCCCGCCGCCACCACCGGUCACACCAGUAGACAACACCAUCCAGAAGGAGGUCACCAAACAGAGAGGGGAUGUCCACAUCCCUCGGAACCACGACCACAACACCGUCCUCGACUUUGACAUUGAGCUCGGCAACACGGCGGAUGAAGCCAAGGACGACCCAGAGUCGGGGUAUCUGAGCUGCUCCUUUGAUGACGGUCUUUGUGGAUGGAUCAGAGACAAAGACGGAGACUUGCACUGGGAGACGACGCCCGAUCCGUCAGGCGGACGAUACCUCACCAUUCCCGAGGUAGGCAACAAGAGGACUGGACGAGGGGCACGGCUGGUCCUCCCACUCACCCCACCCUGGAACGACGGAAAUCUGUGCCUGUCGUUCCGGCACAAGCUCGCAGGCCACCACGUGGGCAUGCUGCAAGUGUUUGUGAAGAAGGGAAAGCAGUACAGUCCAGCAGUCUGGGGCCGGACAGGUGGGAACGGCUGGAGGCACACCCAAAUCACAUUAUGGGGCACAGGCCUGGAAAGUGUGAUCCUGAAGGGGGAGCGUGGGCGAGGCAGGAUCGGCGAGAUGGCUGUGGACGACAUCACCCUGACGAAAGGCUCCUGCACAGAGGAGCACAAUCUGAGAAGACUGUGACUGACAGAACACAGAAAGGCAGAAGGGAAAC